UCUUUUCUAAGCUCUUCUCUUAAACCCCACUAGACUUUGGCACAGUGAGGGAUGACUAUGGAGACCCAAAUGUCUCAGAACGUAUGUCCUGGCAACCUGUGGCUGCUUCAACUACUGACGGUUUUGCUGCUGCUGGCUUCUGCAGACAGUCAAGCUGCCGCUCCCCCGAAGGCUGUGCUGAAGCUCGAGCCCCCCUGGAUCAACGUGCUCCAGGAGGACUCGGUGACUCUGACGUGCCAGGGGGCUGACAGCCCUGAGAGCGACUCCACUCAGUGGUUCCACAAUGGGAAUCUCAUCCCCACCCAAAUGCAGCCCAGCUAUACCUUCAAGGCCAACAACAAUGACAGCGGGGAAUACAGGUGCCAGACCGGCCGGACCAGCCUCAGCGAUCCCGUGCAUCUGACUGUGCUUUCCGAGUGGUUGGCGAUCCAGACCCCUAGGCUGGAGUUCCACGAGGGAGAAACCAUCAUGCUGAGGUGCCACAGCUGGAAAGACAAGCCUCUGGUCAAAGUUAAAUUCUUCCAGAAUGGAAAAUCCAAGAAAUUUUCCCAUUUGGACACAAGCUUCGCCAUCCCACAAGCAAACCACAGUCACAGUGGUGAUUACCACUGCACAGGAAACAUAGGCCACACGCCGCACUCUUCCAAGCCUGUGACCAUCACUGUCCAAGUGCCCAGAGUGAGCAGCUCUUCGCGGAUGGGGAUCAUUGUGGCCGUGGUCACUGGGAUUGCUGUAGUGGCCAUUAUUGCUACUGUAGUGGCCUUGAUCUACUGCAGGAAAAAGCGGAUUUCGGCCAGUUCCACUGAUCCUGUGAAGGCUGCCCAAUUUGAGCCACUUGGACGUCAAAUGAUUGCCAUCAGAGCGAGACAACAUCAAGAAACCAACAAUGAUUAUGAAACGGUUGACGGCGGCUACAUGACUCUGAACCCCAGGGCACCUGCUGAAGACGAUAAGAACCUCUACCUGACUCUUCCUUCCAACAACUAUGUCAACAGUAAUCACUGAGAGUAACGUGGUGCCAUGUGGUCACAGUCUCAGCUUGCUGAGUGGAUAACGAAAAGAGGGGAAUUGUUAAAGCAAAACUGAAAUGGAGACUGGAAAAAUUCCUGAGCAAACAAAACCACCUGGGCCUUAGAAAUAGCUUUAACUUUGCUUAAACUACAAACAUAAGCAAAAUUCACUGGGGUCAUACUAGAAGCAUAGUCAAAACUUAACUGUUUAUGUUAGAAAUAAGACAACCCCAGCCAAUUACAAGCAGCCUACUAAGAUAUAAUUAUGUGGCUAAGGACUUUCUAACAAGACACCCGCCCCCCCAAACAAUUAUGUAAUUGAAAAUCAAUUAAAUGUCUUUAUUGUGCUUCCACAUUUUCCCAAUAAAUACUUGCCUGUGACAUUUUGCCACUGGAACACUAAACUUC